GCUUCCAGGCCCGCCGCUCGGCCCCGCCCAGUCCAGCUCCCGGCGGGCUCGCGAGGUGUGGCGUGACGCUCUCCUCCCUCCUCGGCCUGCCAUUCGGCUCCGCGUUGGGAAGCCUGUUUCGGGUGCGACGCUGAGGCAGCGAUGGCUGCUGCGCUGCCGUACAUUGAGCGGCUGUCCUGUCGGGUGGUGCGCGUGUUAGGCUGUAACCCGGGUCCCAUGACCCUGCAAGGCACCAACACCUACUUGGUGGGGACCGGCUCCAGGAGAAUCCUCAUUGACACUGGAGAACCAUCAAUUCCAGAAUAUAUCAGCCGCUUAAAGCAGGCUCUGGUUGAAUUUAACACAACAAUCCAGGAAAUCCUAGUGACUCACUGGCAUAUUGAUCAUUCUGGAGGCAUAGGAGAUAUUUGUAAAAGCAUCAAUAAUGACACUCCCUAUUGCAUUAAAAAACUCCCACGGAAACCCCCUAAAGAAGAAAUUAUAGAAAAUGGAGCACAAAAAUAUGUUUAUCUGGAAGAUGGAGAUGUGAUUAGGACCGAGGGAGCCACUCUCAAAGUUAUAUACACACCUGGCCACACUGAUGAUCAUAUGGCUCUACACUUAGAAGAAGAAAAUGCCAUUUUUUCUGGGGAUUGCAUCCUAGGGGAAGGGACAACAAUAUUUGAAGACCUCUAUGAUUAUAUGAACUCCCUAAACCUUUUACUGAAAGUCAAAGCUGAUAUUAUAUAUCCAGGUCAUGGCCCAGUAAUCCAAAAUGCAGAAGCUGCAAUUCAGCAGUAUAUUUCUCACAGAAAUUACCGAGAAGAACAAAUUCUUACAGUCAUUCGUGACAAUUUUGAAAAAUCAUUUACAAAAACGGAACUGGUAAAAAUUCUUUACAAGAAUGUUCCUGAGAAUUUACAUAAAAUGGCUGAACGUAAUCUUGUGCUUCACUUGAAAAAAUUAGAAAAAGAAGGAAAAAUAUUUAGCAACACGGACCCUGACAAGAAAUGGAGAGCUGUACUUUAGGUUCAGCUUAAUGAAAGCUUUGUUUGCCUUUGUCUUUAAGGAUGCUGUGCUUUCUUAGCUGUGGACUAUUCACAGAUACUACAAGAUGUAGGACUUCACAGCUAACCCUAGAUACACAAGUGGACCCUUGACUUAACAAACACAAUGUUCUCAAGAGCAGAACUCAAGUUGUUGUGAGUCAAGACUGUUUUUUCCAUAAGAAAUAAUGAAAAUACCCAAAAUGUGUCCUGAAUCUCUCAAAGUACCCCUUAACUAACGUUUUCAUAAUUAAAAGGUUGUAUAAUAUGCAUAAUUUACCAGAACACCAAUAAUUUUCCUAGCGUAUUCGUCAAAAAGUUAUAAAAUAUGCCUAGUUUACCAGAAGCAACACUUUUAUAAUGUACUCACCAUUCAAGUUGACAUCUUUGGCUUGCAAGAAGGAUGAAAUGGAAGGUGGUUACUGUUUGGAAGGAGAGUCCCCUUCCAUAAGAACAUCAGGAAUCUGGCUCUCUGCUGUCCUUUCUGUCCUUAGGAGAAUCUGUAGCCCACUAGGACCUGCUUCUGGCUCACUAAGUCUCAUCCACUUCAGAAC